GACUUCAUUGCAUUAAGGGCUGGGUAAACAAGCGCAGCGCAAGCUGCUGCUGCCACUCAAUCUAAAAGCGAUGCUUUUUAGUGCCUGAGCGGCCUCAACGGCCUCAACCUCGAAGAGGAAUCUUUAAGCAAACGCAGCAAACGUCUACAAAGCGUAAUGAACACCCGGUUUUUUGCUGGCCUAUCAGUGGCUCAUCAGUGAAGAACUGGAGCUGAAAAAACUGGUUUAAGUAUUCUCAGUAACAGAAGAUAGACAGCUGCAAUCAAAAUGGCUGACUCCCUGGUGCUUGUCCAACUAAAAGGCAACAGAAAUACAGCCAAGCGCCAGUUCUUUCGUUUGGCCAACAAUGUGCAAAGAAUGUACACCGUGAUGUCCGAAGAGGAACUCAAAGACAGUUUUAAAACACUAACAAUAGAAGCCAAUAAAGUUUUUGAAGCCAAUGAUGAUGUAGAAGACCAGUAUGCUGCAGAAUCACAGCUAGAGGGAGACACCCUUACAGAGGAGCACAGGGCAGAUUUGGAGAAGACGAAAACUGAGUGUGAAAAUAGAUUAGAUGAACUGAAGGAUAUAAUUCUGACAACUCUCUGGGCUAAAUACGGAGAAGAGGAGCUAAAAAUGGUAGUAGAAACAGCAGAGUCAGAGGCACAGCGAAUUGGAGCAAUUGAACCCAAUGAAGAUGAAGAAGGUUAUGAUUUCAUGGUAAAACACCUGGGGACUCUGGUCGGAAGAGCCAAAACUCUCCACACACAAUGGAAGUGCUGGGCCCCUCCCCCAGAGCAGAAGGACCUCCAGUCUCGUGUGAGUGACCUGGAACGAGCACUUCUUAAGCUAACCGCUAGAAAAGUGCAGUUUAUUCAAGCCAGAGUCAAAGACAGACUGAGCUCCACUAUUGACUACAUUGCAACACCAGCCAUAAAACUGAACGUAACACACCUGCCCAAGUUUCCUGGCAUGAAAUGUGAUUUCUACCUCUGGAAAAAGGACUGGGAAGAACAGCAGGAACAAAGAGCAAGAGAACUUAAAAAGCACCAGCUACUCAGCAGCAUAGAUGACAGAACUGUAAGAGAUCUCCGCUUGUCAGCCUGUACCAGUGCCAAUGACAUCUUUAGAGUCCUUAAUGAUCACUUUGGCAGCAAGACCUCUGUCAACGAACAGACUCUUAAACCAGGGCAUGAUUCAAUACAGAAUGGAACCAUAGGGUCAACCAGUCUUUCUCCAGGUUGUGUCAUCUGCGGUGAUAGCAAGCACAGCAAAAGAUUGUAUUUCUGCAAACGAUUUCAAGUACUCAAAAUAUCUGAGAAAAAAGAUGCUGUAAGAAAACUGGGGGCCUGUAUUAAGUGCCUCGAGGUUCACAGCGAACAUGACAAUUGCAAAGAAGAAUUUUUCUGCAACCGACCCGAAUGCAGCAAAAGCAAAGAGCAUCACUUUCUCCUGUGUCCCAGACCUGUGCCAAAGACCAGGGUCAGCGCAGUGGGUGGUGACAGUAAUAAGAGCUAUACAGAAGCCCAGAAAGAGUUUGUUAAAAAACUCCCUUCAGGACGUGCCAAAGAAAACAACCAUGUUUUCAGCAACUCCAUGACCAAAACCUCCAUUACAACAAGCAAUCAACCUGCUGGAGAAUGGUUCGGAGGAGCUUCUCGUCAAAAUGAUGCUGCUCGAGGUAACGGCCAACGAUGGGUAAAAGAUUGGCACGCUCAACGACCUGGCGCCAGAUACAAAUCCUAUAACUCACAGUCCACCCAAAAACCUCAGCCUCAAAAGUCUUGAAGAUAUACAUACAAAAAGUUGUGGUUAAAACAACUAUUUUGAUGAAGAAUGUUUGCUAAAAUAUAAAAUACUAGAAGUUUGACUUGACUGUAAUGAGUUAAUGAUAAGAUGGAAAAACUGUAAUAAGUUUAAAAAUAAUUUUUGGGUUAAUGCUAGUUGAAAAACCUAACCCUUGUUACAUUUGCCUUAUGUAUUUCACCUGCCCUUAAAUGGACAAUGACAUCAAUAAAAAACAGAGAAACAAA